GGCGUCUCCGGAAAAACGAUUCGGUGGCAAAUUGAAGGGGUCUAGCCUUCUUCGUCGUCUUCUUCUUCCUCUUGUUUUGUUGCCUGUAUUUUAUCCUCUAGGGUUUGAAACUGAGAGGAGGAUCGAAUCGAGUUGACGACGAUGGGGAAGAAGAGGAAAUCCGAGGAUACGCAUCUCGAUGAGGCGGAUCGGACGAUCUACUCCGUCUUCCGUGGCGCCGCCAACUCUCUCUCCCUCAUCUACACGCAGGCCAUGGCGCAGCAGGAGCUCGCCUUCCAAACCGGAGAGCGCCACGCUUUGGAGAAGCUCUACCAGUUGAUUCUAAGACAUGAUGAAGGGUCAAGGGUGACCGUAGCUGAUAUACUUGCGUAUCUUCAGAAUGAGAUUGGCCAUGGUGGUGAGGAUACGGCAAUGUCCCCAAUUCCCCAGUUGCCGCACCAAUAUCCUCAGUCCUCGAUGCAGUUUGGAAGCACAAACAUCCAUGACUCCAGUACGAUUGGAACUGCAGCAGUUGGCCUCGCCAGGACGGGUCACCGUGAGGAAACAAAGGACACGGUCUUCUCAAAUGCUUUAUCCAGUCCAGUUCGUAGAAGUCUGGAGUCUUAUCACCCGGCUCAAGGCGGAGGCGGCGGUGGCGCAAGCCAUGAUACUGCCCUGCCACAAGAAAAUACAAUCAGGAACCAUGGAUCGAACCACCUUGACCAAAGCCAGGACUCUCGCACUUGCAGUGAUUCGUCCAUGGACAUGCAUUCGGAUAGAGCCGACUUAUGACUUUGUCGAGGGGUUUUCAAUUUGCACCGGUAGAGCCGCAGGUAUCGUGUCACAAAAUCACUUGCACGUGCAACGACAGCCCCGAUGGCUUUCAUGAUGAUAUCUCAGUUGCAAUCAUGUGGUGUUUGAUACAUCCUUAGUUAUAUGUUGAUCCUACUCUGUGGCUUUUCUUGAUAGUAUCUCAGUUGCAACCACCAUAGCAUUUUAUAUCUGAGGUUUAUGUGGUGGAAGUGGCAAAUGAAAAAUAGUUAUCCAUGCCUCCAAAGAAAGCCAUGUACCUCGCUUGCAGUCGCAGAUGCUGUUUGGAAGUUACGUAUCUGUAGAGGAAACUUGAAUUUUUAA